AUGAAAACACCACGUAAUACUGGUGCAAAUACUGCAAAAACACUCGUCGACUCAUUCAAAUACACGUUAGAAUGCAGAGAGAAAAAAUCCGCCCGGCGCAGACUGACCAUCCUCCCAGGGACAGCAGUCGACUUCUCAUCCAAUGAUUUUCUUUCUCUCUCCACAGCACCGGCCUAUCGCACCCGGUACCUAGCACAUCUGAACAACACGCCGGAAUUAUUCCCAUUCGCCAGCGGGGGUUCUCGGCUGCUAGACGGGAAUUCAGCGUACGCAGAGGAGCUAGAGCGCUUCGUGGCCGAUUUCCACAAAGCGCCAUCCGCGCUACUAUUCAAUUCCGGGUAUGAUGCGAAUAUAGGAGUGCUAUCAUGCAUUCCUCAGCCGGGGGAUUUUAUUCUAUACGAUGAGCUUAUCCAUGCGAGUGCGCAUGAGGGGAUGCGUCUUUCAAGAGCGGGGCGGCGGGAAAUGUUUUCUCAUAGCUGUCCUGUUAGCUUGCGGGAGGUUUUGAAGGCGGAGAUAGAACGCGAUCCGAAAGUGAGAGAUGGGUCGCGGAAUGUUUUUAUUGUUAUUGAGUCGGUUUAUAGUAUGGAUGGGGAUGUGGCUCCGAUUAAGAAGUUCCUCGCUGUGGUGGAGGAGUGUCUUCCACUUGGAAAUGGGUAUUUCAUUGUUGAUGAGGCGCAUGCCACUGGUGUUUAUGGCCCGCGGGGUGCUGGUGUGGUGCAGGAACUUGGAGUUCAAGACAAAAUGUUCAUUCGUGUGCAUACAUUCGGCAAGGCGUUGGCGAGUCAUGGUGCUAUGGUUUUGUGUGGGCCUGAAACCAGGGACUAUCUGAUCAACUAUGCCCGAAGCCUGAUUUAUACCACUGCUCUGGGAUUUCCCUUCCUUGCAUCUAUUAGAACGGCCUAUGAGCUCUUAUCUUCCGGACAGACCGAGUCGCUGCAACACCGAGUUCAGACAUUGAUCGGAUAUCUUCACAAAUGUUUAGCUACCCUUCAGACCCGUCAUUCGGUCAUGUUCGAAGUGGAUCAUUUCCCAACAUCACCCAUCUUUUCGCUUCGAACGUCCCAACCGCGCGAAUUGGCAAGCUUUUGUCAGAAAGCUGGAUUAGUCGUCCGUGCUAUUAUGCCCCCUACUAUUCCCGAUGGAAAGGAGCGUGUGCGUGUUUGUUUGCAUGCUGGUAACACGGAAGAAGAGGUUGAUGCACUUGUACGAACAAUCCAAUCGUGGUUGGAUAUCGCACCAGCGCAACGGGGGACGAAGUUAUGA